AUGGUGGAAGCAGAUGUCAGGCCAAGAGGCUGCAGCUUGGACACGGAACAUCAGAAUGGCUUAAAUGGGCAGGAAAUUGAACACGGCGAGUUCCCGUACGCGGGCGCGGCGGCGCCGGGGGCCGGCGAGGCGGCGCUGAGCGAGGGCGAGCUGCUGCUCGAGGUGCAGGGCGUGCGCGUGUCCGGCCUGCCGCGCUACGACGUGCUCGAGGUGAUCCGCGCCUGCAAGGACCCCAUCGCCGUCAAGGCCGUCAGACAAGGAAGCCGGCUGAACAAAGACCUGAGGCACUAUCUCAACCAGCGCUUCCAGAAAGGCUCGCCGGACCACGAUCUGCAGCAGACCAUUCGAGAUAACCUCUAUCGCCAUGCGGUGCCUUGCACAACUCGCCCUCCAAGAGAAGGAGAAGUGCCUGGUGUGGACUAUAACUUUCUGACUGUGCAGGAGUUUCUGGAGUUGGAGCGAAGUGGGACCCUUCUGGAAGUAGGAACGUAUGAAGGGAACUAUUAUGGGACACCCAAGCCUCCGAGCCAGCCCGUCAGUGGGAAAGUGACUUCCACCGAUGCGCAGCAAAACCUGCCGCCCGGCUCCAAGCAGUCGACUCCAAAGCGGACCAAGUCUUACAAUGAUAUGCAAAAUGCUGGCAUAGUGCAUGCGGAGAAUGAGGAAGAGGAUGAUGCACCUGAAAUGAGCAGUAGCUUCACAGCAGAGUCUGGUGAGCAAGAGGAGCCCAGCACGCACAUCCCGCGCGAGAGAGCCCCGCCGUCUGUGAUCGAGAGCCACACCAACGUUCCCACCACGGAACCAUCUCAGAACCUCCCUCAAUACCUACCUCCUCCUGCCGAGGAUAACCUAGGUCCUCUGCCGGAAAACUGGGAGAUGGCCUACACCGAGAACGGAGAAGUCUAUUUUAUAGACCAUAAUACAAAAACAACAUCUUGGCUAGAUCCACGGUGCCUGAACAAACAGCAGAAGCCUCUAGAAGAAUGUGAAGAUGAUGAAGGGGUACACACGGAGGAACUGGACAGUGAACUAGAAUUGCCUGCUGGUUGGGAGAAAAUUGAGGAUCCCGUAUAUGGUGUCUACUAUGUAGACCACAUCAACCGGAAGACACAAUAUGAAAACCCCGUUCUUGAAGCUAAGAGGAAGAAACAGCUUGAGCAACAACAACCACCACCACCAGAAGAAUGGACAGAGGAGUGUCCAUCCCUCCCACUACCCGCUGCUCCCAACCAUGUUUCAAACAACCAAGAGGCAGUUCGGGAGGCACCAGUGCAAGGAAAGCCCUUUUUUACCCGAAACCCCUCUGAGUUGAAAGGGAAGUUCAUCCACACCAAGCUAAGGAAAAGCAGCAGGGGAUUUGGCUUCACGGUCGUUGGAGGGGAUGAACCGGAUGAAUUUCUCCAAAUCAAAAGUUUGGUGCUUGACGGCCCUGCAGCGUUGGAUGGCAAAAUGGAAACAGGGGAUGUCAUAGUCAGCGUGAACGAUACCUGCGUGCUGGGCCAUACGCAUGCUCAAGUGGUGAAAAUCUUCCAGUCCAUUCCCAUCGGUGCCAGUGUGGACCUUGAACUGUGCCGAGGCUACCCUCUGCCUUUCGAUCCCGACGAUCCCAACACGAGCCUGGUUACGUCCGUGGCGAUUUUGGAUAAAGAGCCGAUCAUUGUGAAUGGGCAGGAAAAUUAUGACUCUCCAUCGAGCCACAGUAGUAAAACGGGGAAAGUGAACGGCACGAAGGAAGCAAGGCCGAGCAGUCCUGCUGAAGUCUCUUCCAACAGCUCCCAUAGUUACCCCAACGACACGGUCUCUUUGGCAUCCUCAAUAGCAACGCAACCUGAACUCAUAACUGUGCAUAUAGUGAAGGGGCCUAUGGGCUUUGGGUUUACUAUAGCGGACAGUCCCGGUGGGGGCGGCCAAAGAGUGAAACAAAUCGUGGACAGCCCACGGUGCCGAGGCCUAAAGGAGGGCGACCUCAUCGUGGAAGUCAACAAGAGGAAUGUGCAGAGCCUCACUCACAACCAGGUGGUGGAUAUGCUGAUUGAAUGUCCCAAGGGAAGCGAAGUCACCUUGCUGGUGCAGCGAGGAGGACUGCCGGUCCCGAAGAAGAGCCCCAAGUCGCAACCACUUGAAAGGAAAGACAGCCAAAACAGUUCUCAGCACAGCGUCUCCAGCCACCGCAGCGGGCACACGGCGUCGCCCGUGCACAGCACGCAGGCGCUGCCCGACUACGCGGCCCCCGACGCGCCGCCCGCCGACCAGCCGGACAACCCUGGGCAGAAGAAGCCGGAUCCGUUCAAAAUCUGGGCCCAGUCCAGGAGCAUGUAUGAAAGCCGACCUAUGUCACCUUCGCCUGCAGCUGGACUGAGCAAGGGUGAAAGAGAGAGAGAAAUCAAUUCCACGAGUUUUGGAGAAUUUCCAGAUUAUCAAGAGCAGGAUAUCUUCCUUUGGAGGAAGGAAACUGGCUUUGGAUUUAGGAUUCUUGGUGGAAAUGAGCCUGGAGAACCAAUCUACAUCGGUCACAUCGUGCCGCUGGGCGCUGCGGACGCGGACGGCCGCCUGAGGUCGGGUGACGAGCUCAUCUGUGUGGAUGGGACACCCGUUGUUGGGAAAUCGCACCAACUUGUUGUCCAGCUUAUGCAACAGGCAGCCAAGCAAGGUCAUGUCAAUCUGACCGUAAGGCGCAAAGUAGUUUACACAGUUCCCAAGGCAGAGAACGAAGUCCCGUCCCCAGCCUCCUCCCACCACAGCAGCAACCAGCCGGCGUCGCUGACGGAGGAGAAGCGGACCCCGCAGGGCAGCCAGAACUCCCUCAACACCGUCAGCUCGGGCAGCGGCAGCACCAGCGGCAUCGGCAGCGGCGGCGGCGGCGGCAGCGGCGUCGUCAGCACCGUGGUGCAGCCCUACGACGUGGAGAUCCGCCGUGGCGAGAACGAGGGCUUCGGCUUCGUCAUCGUGUCCUCCGUGAGCCGGCCAGAGGCAGGGACGACGUUUGGUCGGAUAAUUGAGGGGAGUCCCGCAGACCGCUGUGGCAAGCUGAAAGUAGGAGACCGCAUCCUGGCCGUGAAUGGGUGUUCCAUCACCAACAAAUCACACUCGGACAUCGUCAACCUAAUUAAGGAGGCGGGAAACACCGUGACUCUGCGCAUCAUUCCAGGAGAUGAAUCCUCCAAUGCUACUUUAUUGACCAAUGCAGAAAAGAUUGCUACAAUUACAACCACACAUACUCCUCAGCAAAUACCACAGGAGACCAGGAACAAUGCCAAACCAAAGCAGGAAUCCCAGUUUGAUUUCAAACCACCCCAAGCAGCCCAGGACCAAGACUUUUAUACUGUUGAGCUGGAAAGAGGAGCCAAAGGGUUUGGCUUUAGCCUGCGAGGUGGCCGGGAGUACAAUAUGGAUCUGUACGUGUUGCGGCUCGCUGAGGAUGGUCCGGCUGAGAGAUGUGGCAAGAUGAGGAUUGGUGAUGAAAUCUUAGAAAUCAACGGGGAGACUACCAAGAACAUGAAGCACGCCCGGGCCAUAGAACUGAUUAAAAACGGUGGCCGCAGGGUCCGCCUGUUUCUGAAACGUGGAGAUGGCUCGGUCCCGGAAUAUGACCCCAGCGGUGACGGGAGCGGCGCCGGCGCCGCCGCCGGUGCACAAAAUGUAUCGGAAAUGAGGCUGGCGCCAUGCGACCGACGGCAGCACCCAUCAUCGGAGUCCAGUUAUCCACCAGACCUUCACCAACCAUCACCACACGGGGACGGGCGGGCUUACGCUAGAGACCUGAGAGGCAGCAGGGAGGCCAGCAGACAUCCCAACGAGCACCACACUUGGAACGGGACUUGCCGCGGCACGCUGGGCGGCCAGGGCCGGCCCGAGGCGCCGAGGCGGCGCGCGGCCGAGAAGCGGCGGGAAGGGACGCGGAGCGCCGACGCCACGCUGGAGCGGCGGGAGCGGCGGCGGGAGCGCUCGCCGCCGCGCCGCCGGGACGGCUCGCCCGCCAGGCGCAGGAGGUCGCUGGAGAGGCCGGCGGAGGCGCGGCGGUCGCCCUCGCGCCGCGGCCGCGACGGCUCGCUCGAGCGGCGCGCCAAGUCGUCGGAGCGCCGCAAGGAGAGGUCGCCCGAGAGGCGGCCGCGGCACGACGAGGAGGCGCGGGCCGCCCGCCGCGACAGGGACGAGCGGGGCUGGCGGCACGAGGCCGCGCGGCGGCCCCCGGCCGAGGCGCCGCGCCGGCGGCCGCUCAAGGAGUGCAGCACCGACCUGAGCAUCUGAGCGCCGCCGCUCGGGCGCGCCGGACCGCAGCGCCAGGACGAAGACGAGCAAGCGAAACACACACAAACACACACACAGAAACAAGCAAAACAAAGUGUUGUGC